UAGUGUUAUCAAACCAUCGUGAAUUUUACCUUAAUUCGAAGCGGAAUUGAAUUCGACGUGUUUUGACACCGUAAUACCUGCGCCAAAGUGACCUAAGAGACGUUUCUACAUGAGACCGAUCAACAUUGCUUGUGGGCGUGUUGAACUUUGACACACUGUGCACAGCGUGAAGGUUUUAUGGACCAUUUGAUUUGAUUUUUUUUUUUUUUUUUUUUUUGAGCGAGUCGAAAAAGAUGACCUCCAAGAAAGUGAUCGAGUUGUUCUACGAUGUGGUGUCUCCGUACUCCUGGCUGGCCUUUGAGGUCAUGUGCCGCUACAGAAGCGUGUGGAACAUUGAGCUCAAGCUGAAACCUGUGUUUCUGGGUGGCGUCAUGCAAGGUUCUGGCAACAAGCCCCCUGGACUGGUUCCGAAUAAAUUCAUGUGGAUGACCAAGGAUCUGUGUCGCCUGGCCGACUAUUUCAACGUCCCAUUACACUUCCCUUCAGACCCUGCCGAAGCCAUGUUCAGGAAAGGCUCCUUGAAUGCAAUGCGCUUUGUGAAAGCGGUGCAGGAGAAGGAGAUAGGCGGAGACCAACAGGUGGAGAAGGUGUCCAGAGAGCUCUGGAGAAGAAUCUGGUGUGAAGACAAAGACAUCACUGAGCCUGCAUCACUGGCUGAGGCAGCGCAGAAAGCUGGCUUGAGCAGGAGUGAGAUUGAAGAGUUACAUAAGCUGUGCACCACGCAGGAAAUCAAAGACAAGCUGAAAAGCAGCACACAGGACGCACUGGAUUAUGGGGCGUUUGGCUUCCCCCUGUUGGUGUGUCACAUCAACGGGAAAGCUGAGAUGUUUUUUGGCUCCGACAGAUUUGAGAUCAUGGCCCAUUGUCUUGGUGAAAAGUGGCUCGGACCUCAGCCUGGUCAUCUUGCAAGGUCAUCGGCCAAAUUGUGAGACGAAAGCUGCCUUUAAACCCUAAUGUCUAUUCACUCAUUAAUGUAUUCACUCUCAUCAUAUCAUAUCUUCGCCUUUUCUGAGAACUAACAUUCAUGCGCUGUGCCUCUCGAGCUCUCAUAACCACUUUUUGACGCUGUGUAUGACAAACAAACACUACGUAGUCUAUACUGCCAUUGGAAUAAAUAAGUGCUCAUACAGA